CCGCCUCCGCGGCGGCGUGAGGGGGAACCGGGGUGUUCUCCUUUCCCGUUCAUGCACGCAUCACGUACCUACCCAUAGAUAUAUCUAUAUUUAUAUAAAACACUGAAAGGCAGUGCCGCGUGUUUUUAUUUGUCCUUGCAGCCGCUGGUCAAUGGGGUAGAUUUGCCUGGCUGCUCUCUCUGGUCUUGGGACCGCGACUCCCUCGCGGGCAACGCCUCCUCUCAGGAUAUUUUAAAAUCGUUAUAAAUGUGCGGAUUUUCCCCCAUCUUCGUGGGAAAGCAGUGUGUAAAUCCAAACAGAUUUUUAUCCGACUAGCUCAGCCGGUGUAAUACUAUUAAAACAUAUUUAAAUUUUUCGGCCGCAGCACGGCCAACUAUUUUCAAAUUAUCCAAGUGUUUCUUAUUACAAAUACUGAAUCUGAUAAAAUCUAAUAAGAUGCUGAGCCCAGGCGCUGAUCCUGUAGCCUGUUCUGUGUGAGGGAUUCAGCCACAGGGAGGCGCAAAGUAAAGAAGAAAUUUUAAGAUUUGACUGCUCCUAAAUUGUGUUUUUCCAAUUAUGGUGGCAGAUGCAUUGGUGUAUUUGGAUAAAACACAGCAAGCACAGUAACGUAUGACCAGUCUUGGUUUUUUUCCAGCUACCAAGGCAAAAAAAAAAAAAAAAAGGAUAGUAAGACUAAAGGAUCGUCUGGCACAUUUCUACUGAGGUGAUUAAAAAAAAAAUUAAAUCUGUGACAUUACUUACACAGCCUAUUAAACCCUAAAGCAAACGAUUUUGUCCUAUAGCUAAUUAUCCACAGAAUACAAAAUUUCGAAUGAGUCAAUAGUCACAACUAUAAUGCAUUAUACUAGUAAAUUUGAUUUUAAAAAUAGUUGCGAAUUACUGUAAUACUAUGUAUUACAGUAGCAAUGACUAGAUGACUUGCAGUGUCACCUGUUCUCUGAAGCCAAAUUUAAUAUUGUGCUGACUCCAGAGGCUGUUGGAUUAGCUGUGCAUCUCAAACUUGUUCCUGUAAGGAGCUGGGAUUUUCUGUCCUGCUGAAAUCUUCUGAAAACGUAAAGCCUAUUUCUAAUGUGCUUGAAAAGAUGGAGAGCAAGAUCCCAUGUCUGCAUGAGCACAAGGAUGAAUGGCAUGGAUUUUGCAGAACCUGGCUUGCACAUCACCACCAAUAGAGCUACUGCUGGAACUCAGUCAAGAAUUCUGUUGAUUGAGAAGCCAGUAAAGAAACUCACAGAACUAUGUUGCCUCUGCAAGUUUGAGAGGUUUUUCCAACAUACCCUUUUCAAUCUCCUCCUUUAAGUCACCUCCAUGGAACUGCUAUUGUUGUAGGAGGGAAGGCUGAUAGUUCUUUUUGGAGGUUUUCACAUGUUCUGGACAGAGCUGUUCUGUGGCUCUGAAGGCUGUUGUGAAGUAUCCUAAAUUUUCAUGGCUUGAGGGAGAUGAGGCCUGCUUUGACUUUAAAUAUGUAUACACUCUCCAAAAUGACCUGAUAAAGGUAUUGAUCACUUACAUUCUGUGCCCUUACCCUGCACAUUCAUCCUGCACUGAUUGAAUGUGAGACAAGAACAUUCUGCAAUUGUUUCCUUCCUUCAUUUGCAGGAGAACUGUUAACACAUUCUCAUAACAUACUCUCACAAUUUUUCCAUGCAAAUAAUCAAGCACGAUAAACAUCAGCAGAGGGCACUAUUGAGAUGUGCUGUAUUGAACAUGUGGACAGAAUUAUAGAAAGCAGAGGCUUCUCCAAAUCAGUAACAUCAGCAAAGCUUUUUUUUUUCCUGUUUGAUUUCAAUGUUGAUUUUAUACUGAACAUGCAGCUGAGUAACACUAGCUGUGGAACAGAGCAUUUUCUCAUGUCUGUGUUUGAAGACUUGGAAGGAACAGCAAUUCAAGGACCCUUAAGCGAGUAUUGUAUCUCAGCUUGGCAGUUCAAAACCAUAAACCUUCAAAGGCCAAUGCUUACUUGUGAGGAAGACAGGAUCAUGCUCAGCUAGUACUUCAGCCUGCUAACUCAUUUAGUACCUUAAAAUUCUCUACGGAAAAGUACAAAGACAUGAACCAGCUGAUGAACCCUGCCACAGUCUGACAGCAAUCAUCCAGUCAACAGAAAUGGCAGUAUGCUGACCUUGAGAGUUCCUGACCUUCAAUUCCUCUGAUAGAGCAUUCGAGGUCAAGUGCCAAGCUAUCAGUGGGGAUGGAGUAAAGCACCUUUAUCUGAGCCUUCGCUGACACGGGACUCGGCCGUGACUCACAGAGGGUGCAAAAGGCUCGUGCAGACUGAGAUUGUAGAUCUUCACCCAAAUCCACUCUGCCUGUGACAUCCUGCAGAUCACAAGGCCUCUCAGAGCUUAUGCCUUCAGGCUGACUUGAAACAACCAUUGCCAGCAGUGCAUGGUCCUGUUAGUGCCCAGUGCAGCUCCACGUGCUUCACGCUGCCCACCAUGCCAACCUCGCCUGAAGACAAGGGACGAGCACAAGAGGCACAGCACAACAGUUCUCCUCCAGCCAAAGACACUAGAGCUGAAGGGACAACGUGCAGCACACCUUCUAUUGUUCUUCCAGAGAAUGCUGUUACACCAGAUUCAGAAAUUGAUAAAAAUCUGGUUAACAGGUCUCGUAGUCCUCAUAGGAGACAUUCUAACCGUGCCAAUAGGAAUUCAACAAGUUCAUUGACUUCUGUUGACAACAGCGGGCACGUGAUUGACCUGGUAAAUGAUCAGCUACCAGAUGUCAAAAUCUCAGAGGAAGACAAGAAGAAGAACCUUGAGUUACUAGAAGAGGCAAAGAAAGUGAGUGAGAGGUUUCUGAUGCGCAGAGGCAGAAAGUCAAGGAGCAGCCUCCCAGAGUCACCCACGGCAGUUUCCCCUACUCUUAGUCCUAAAGUUUCACCAGUAGCAUCUCGGAGCAACUCUCUCACUCUUCCAGUUCCAUCAGGGUCUGAUGCAUGCACAACCACUAGUACUGAGUCAGUAUCUCCAGGGCAGAAUAACAGAACUGUGAAAGAGGAUGACAGGCAAACUGCAGAGAAUGCUGCAAAAGGAUUAACUGAUCGAAGGCAGAAUGAUCAAAGAAAGAUUUCUCAGGGAAGGUUGGUUCCUCGUUCUGCUGGUUUUGAAAACUCCAAAGAGAAGCUAUCUGACCAAAAAGAAAACUUUGAUCCAUGUAAACAUAUGGAUACUUUACCCAAAUGCUCCCCUUCAGGUGGUGAUGGUGGCAGAAUGUCUCUUAAUACUUGCAUGAAUGUUUGUGAAAAUGAACUUGGAAAAUCAUUCCUCAAGAAAGGAAAAGAAAAUGAUGUUCCUUUAAGAACCCAUCUACCAGGACCAGGGAUAGGAAAUAUGGACUCAAAGCUAAGAAUGCCUAUUCCAGAAAUGAGGGACCACAAAGUUUCAUGUAAACCAGAAUUUAAACUGUGUGGACUGCGUCCUCCUCUGCUACGGGCUGUGUCAUGGGACAGCUUGGAGCCUGGGCAGAAAGAGAAAACACCUUCAAAAUUACCAUCUGAGGAAGAUAAAAGCUUUGCUGGUAAUAAACCCAGCAAUCAGGUAAAAGCAUUCAAAGACCUUCAAAUCCAAGUUCAACCAGUUCGAAUGCAGAAGCUGACAAAGCUCAGAGAGGAGCAUAUUUUGAUGAGAAAUCAAAAUUUAGUUGGACUUAAACUUCCUGAACUUAGUGAAGCAGCUGAACAGGAAAAAGGCCCUUCACCUCUCCCUUCCCCCACUGAAGAGGAAGAGCCAAAGAAUAGCUCUGAUGUCAUGCCCAGCAUUCCUGAUGUAUUGCUGCGAAAACUACGCGUGCACAAAUCGCUUCCAGGAAGCUCCCCUCCACUUACUGAAAAAGAAGUUGAGAAUGUAUUUGUACAACUUUCCUUGGCCUUUAGAAAUGAUAGUUACACGUUGGAAUCUAGAAUUAACCAAGCAGAGAGAGAGAGAAAUCUUACAGAAGAGAAUGCCGAGAAGGAACUGGAAAACUUUAAAGCAGCCAUUACGUCCUCAGCUCACCUGUGGCACCACUAUGAGCACAGGGAAGCUUACCAGAAGCUGCUGGAGGACAUCGCUGUCCUGCGGCGUUUGGCUGCCAGGCUGUCGAGUCGCGCCGAGAUGGUCGGAGCCGUUCGCCAGGAGAAACGCAUGUCAAAGGCAACAGAAGUAAUGAUGCAGUAUGUGGAAAAUCUGAAAAGAACAUAUGAAAAGGAUCAUGCUGAACUAAUGGAGUUCAAGAAACUUGCCAAUCAGAAUUCUAGCAGAAGCUAUGGUGCAUCUGAAGAUGGAGUGCCUCGUUCAUCUAGAUCCAUGUCUCUUACUGUUGGAAAGAAUAUGCCUCGGAGGAGAGUCAGUGUUGCAGUUGUUCCUAAGUUUAACUCCUUGAACAUUCCUGGUCAGUCACCAACAGCUUCACCUAUACCUUCAAUGCCAUCCCUGUCUGAAUCACCUAGUAAUGGAAGGAGCAGCCUAACAUCUAGUCCUGCUCUGCCAGCACUUCUAGAAAAUGGAAAGUCUAAUGGAGAGCCUGACUGUGAAACCUCUACUUCUGUGCUGUCACAGAGCGGGUUGGAAGAGAUCAGCCCUGAAACUAAAGCCAAGAUAGAGGAGGAAGCAUAUAACAAAGGCUAUCAGGAAGGCUUGAAGAAAACCAAAGAACUUCAAGAACUGAAGGAAGAAGAUGAAGAGACACCCAAAGAAAGUCAUGAUGAACAUGAAGAAAGUGAAAAUGAAGAUGAGAUUAAAAACCUGAAAAGCAGCAGACUCGAAGUCAUCAUUAAUUAUUUAUAUAUACUGUACCCCAAACUGUGCAAACACUGGAACGUGGUAUGGCUUGUAGUGGCUGCAAUCAUCAUUUUUGCUGUGGUGUUGGGAAUCUACCAUUCCUACAACUCCUGCGAUGAGAAGUCAGAGGGAGCUGAAGGGAAGGCCAGCUGCUCUGCUGCCCACCAGUAUUCCUGGUGGAACUCAGGAUUUCGACAUGAGCAACGCACUGAAUAAUAAAGGAACAACCGCGUAUUUCUGGUACCUGAGCAAGUUUGCAUAUUAGCCCACUGUUGUUAAAGGUAGUGCUUAGUCACCCCUACGGCUGUCACAUGUGAGCUGUCAGACAAGUGAGUUGCUCCACACCCCCAGGUCUGGGGGUGCAGGGUGAACACAUCUUGCCAAGAUGAAAAUCUGAUGAAUAAUCCUGUCAGUCCUCCUGUUGUAACUGACUGAUACAAAUAAAGUAUUGUGGAGUCAUGAUAAGGUUGUGGCAGUAAUGAGCAACCAGCGAAAUGUUUAAAAGAAUGAUUUGCAUAGGACACUGAUGUUUUGAAGAAAAUCAUAAAACCUGCAUUUGCAGUUAGUGCUUUACUUGGCAUUUCCUGAAUUUAUUGUUGAUUGUUGAAGUACUAAUUGCAUUUAAGUCCUUUGAGGUUUAAGAGUCUAAUUAAUUUCCUUAUUCGUGAUUAUUGGGUAGAAAUAGAAGUUCUUCUAUGGAAGAAUUUAAUUAUAUUAUUAGACCAAAUGCCUUGCUGAUAGAGUAAUUUUAAGAGGAAUUAUCUGUAUGAUUAUUUAAAUGGAAUGUUAAGUACAUGCUUAAAUGUGUUUUAUGAUAUACUUUAAGAAUGGGACCACCGCUGCUUUUUUUAAAAUGGAAUACUCAACCUAAAAUGGGGUCCAUGUGACAUCAUCAAAUAAAUCCGGGAACUUCUGAUAUAUCAAAGGGACAUCUUUGCAGAAAUUUCUGUAUGACACUCAGAGUCAGGACUGGUUACAGCAAAAAGUAGUUGCUGUUUGGAAGGUUAGAUGAGCUGCCCAAGCCCAAAAUACAGCACUCUUGGACAUGGGAAUUCUUUAUUAAAAAACAAACAAAGAAAACAAAAACUCUUCAAACCUCUGUAUACAGGUGAUCACACUUAGUGGACUCUGCCCUACUACUAAUACUGGAGAUAGAUAUUCUUUGAGAUCUGCAGCAGGAACACAGUUCUGCAACAGCCAGAACCCAACCAGUGCCUACGUGAAUCAGGACAGGGAAGCAGUGAGGACUUAAGAAAGCUCACUGUGUGUUUUUAGUAGUUCAUUUUCAGAACCUGAUGCCAGGUAUCCAAAUGAUCUGAUACACUUCCAAAGCUGAACUGCCAAGUCAUGAGAGAUUCAUCUCUUGCAGUUCUGCCUAUCUGGGAGCUGCGAGUUCUUACACAAGAAUGUGAAAGCCUGAAAUUCUUGGAUAAGCAAUUCCAAAAUGGUGAAGCCAUUUUCUGUAAAAACCCCACCACCUAGGGCUGAGACCAAAAUGUGUGUCACUGAGGGUGUACCUUAUGUACCUGCUGAAAGUCACUUCUGACUGAAGGUGAAUUGUGUCUUUCCUCAGCUAUAGCCACAAUAUCAAAAUCAGUGUGACACUUGAUUGCACUCAUAUCUUGCAUUCUUCUGGCAUUUCCUGGCUGAGAAGCAGGUCUGUUCACCAACUGAAGGAUGUGUGUCAUGAAGUACUGUAAUUUCAGUUCAGACACAGAUAAUAUUGUCCUGUUUUCUUUUGGUGUAAACACUGACCCUCAAGGUAAUUAUCAAAGAAAACAGGUUCCUAACUCAGUCAGCAAUUUAAUUCACAUGUCUGGCACUAGUAACGAAUAUCCUGCUAGUGAAUUUUUGUUUGUUACAUCUUUAGCCACGUGUUUCUUAGGAGACAUUUAUAGAAAAGAGAAAGAAAUGAAAAAUUAAAAAAAGCAGACCAUAACCACUUUUUUUUUUAGGGGUGGUGGAGAAUGAGGGAGUCUAUAAGCAGUUAGAAGGGAGGUUUUGUAUUUUAAAGUCUGUAUUAUUGAGGAAUAAUGUGCCUAAGGAAGUUCAAAAAGGAUAAUGGGAAAGUGUAAUUUGGUCUAAAUUUGUAAUUGGUAAAGAAUAAGACAGAAGAAGGUUUCUUGCAAAUUACUUGGAAUCUGUUUGGUUCAGUUAGAAUAUCUGACUGUGAAGAACUACUGUGAUAUUUCACAUACUUUCAGUAUUUGAAGAAACUUGUCAGUUGUUCUUUGAAUACUUCUUUAUUCAGCUUCUUUAACUUAAUAUUCUUUACGAAUGACAUGCUUAAUAAGGCAUUAAAAAUUGAAGGUAAAUAGUUCUGAAUAUUCAGAAUUCCCUAUGCCAGAAAUUAUGGAGCAUAUUUGAUUAUGUGAUUGUGGACAUGGUGGCCUGCAUUGAAGAAAAAUAAUUAUCAGUGCCUAUAAUCGAAUUAAUUCACUUUUAUUUGCAUCUGCACUGAUGUGGGCCCAACAGCUUAUUUUAAGUACACAUAGAAACUUAUUGAUAUCAACAGGACUCUCAAACUGCUUAAUGUUAAGCAUGUUCUAAAGCUUUUUUGGUCAGUGGGUGAACAAAGUCUCCAUGCUCCCUUGAAAUUCAGCACACUGCCUUUUUGUGGAAUUAGUGCACCAGGGCCAAUUCCCAUGAGUAGUUGUACUGAUUUGAACUGAACUACUUGCAUGUCUAAGGCAAGUGUAAUUUUGCCACAAAGUUUUUACUUGUUUUGGGGAAUCUACUGAAGGAGGCAAGAGGUUUUAAUGAGGGUGCAAAAAUGAAGAUAAAGUUUAUUUUUAAAAAAAUUCUUUUUUUUAUAACUACUUUGAGCAAACUGUCCACUAAAAAUAAUAAACCACAAUGACUAACAGCACAGUAAAUAGUUUUGCUUAUAUUUUUCAGUUAGUUAAUGAAAACACCUUUUUUAAUAAGAAUCUAGAUUAAGCUCAAAAACUAUUCUAAAUGUCAUUUUAUUUGUUGGAUGUUAGUUUGCUUUAUCUGGAAAAAAAAAAACAACAACCUCUUCUGUGUUCAAAGAUCACAUCAGAUAACAAGAAACAGAGCUAUUAUUUAUGCUAUUAACACUGAAAUAGUUUUCCUGAGGUGCAAUAUUUAUUUUUCUGCUUUAACAAGACACAUUUAUUGUUUUUCCUGCACAGCACAAAUGUUUCUAGUAAAAGGAAUUUCAAAAGGGCACUAUUUUUGUGUAUCAUAUUUAAAUUUGUAAUAUUGUAAGAUUUUGCACAAGUGUGCUGGUAUUGUACUGUAUAGUAUCACAUACUUGAGUUUUGAAAUAAAAGUACGGUUUCAAGUCCUCAAUGUUGUUACCUUAAGGAUUUGGGGUUUGCCUGUGCUCUGUCUGCACACUGAUGGCUGUGUUCUCAUGAAGCAUGUUACAUGUAUCAAGGAUCUUGUUCUUAGUUUUCCAGUUCUUCAGGAAAAUUAUGUAGAAGAAGCAAGCAAACUCCUGUGUCAAUAGAGAGAAUGUUUGUGAGCAGGGUCGUGCCUGUCACACCAUAGCAACGAGAUGAGAGAGGAAGCUGAGAUAUCCUGGAGAGAGUUUAGCACCUGCUUCAGAGGGAGGCCACGUGUCACUGAGGAGGCCAAACAUGGAGAGCCACAGGGGAAAUCUGUAAGCAAAGGAUUCUGAGCGAAAGGUUAGGAUUCUUUAUUUGCUUUGUGUCCUCGUAGACUUGGGAGGUUGGGGAAGCCUGGGCUUUGUGGAGAGCUGUCCAGUGGGUAGGAGACAGUGCUCAACUUCUGAAUCUCUGAUAGUCAGUGA